AUGAGAUCCGCUUUUUUAAUUAGUGCAAUGUCUCUGCUCUAUGCAUUUAUACAGCCGACAAUUGGUUAGCAGCUUCGAUGCGAUGAAGGGUAAUUCUUAGAUAAGUCUAGUUCGAUGUGUUUACUUUAUAAUGUGUUCAAUCUUGUAGAGAGGGAGAAUUCUAAAACUAAGUUGACUUUUAAGGAAUUCCUUUCAAAUUUUGUAGAACAUUACGAAAUUCUUAUAAAGGAAAAUACAACAGCAACAUUGUAUACAUAGGGAGUGGUUCAGGUUAUAGACUCUAUAAACUUAAUAAUCAGAUCAUACAGCACAGAUGAUGAUUCAUAAAAUGGUAUAUAUGCUUUCCUUGAUGUUCAUUGUCUAAAAUCCUAUCAUCAAAAUAAUUCUACUCUUUAUUCACUUAUGAGCGAAUAAAACUAUGAAUUUUUAGAAGUAACUGAGCAAUAUAUAAACUACUAUGGAGAGAUGUACUCAAAGAUAAAUCAAACUGAAUAUGAGACUAUUAUCGACUUUUAAAGAUCAGUAUUUUAUCUGAUAAGAUCUAACAUAACCAUUCAAAAUCUUAUUAUAAAUAGGGAUAAAUAUCAAACUAUUUCAGAACCAAUGAUCUUAAUAAACACCAUAAAUAACGUCACUAUUGAUAGAAGUACAUUCAGUACUUAUACUAAAUUAGGAGAUCCGAAUAUAAAUAUAUUAAUGAUUGACACUGCUGAAAAAUGCAUCGUAAAAGAUAAGGACGAUAGAAAAUUAAGAAUUUUACAAUUUAGUAACAACUACAUAACUACAAAUGUUUCAAACACAAAUAAUGUCAUAUCACUUUUUUCUAUUGCCAUAAACUAGAAUGGAGAUUCCUAAAGACCAUUUAUUUAAAUUAUUGAGAAUAUAACUGCAGAGAAUGUAAUUACUCACUCUGAUUUCUUCAGGAUAGGUUCUUUUCUGCCUGAACUAACCCUGAGUAAUUUUUAUUUCAAUAAUGUUCUUUUGAAUACUCAGUAAACUUUCGGAGUUAAUGCAACUAUUAAUGGAAUUUUGAAUAUCAAGAUGGAUCAUUUAUAAAACUCUUAAACAGCGAUUAAGCAUUCUACCGCUCCACUUAAUGCUAUUUCAUAAUUCAAAAAUUUGCAUUUCAUGAAUAAUUCCCUGUUCUAAAAUGCUGCCUUUUAAAUGGAUAGAUCAUAUUCUAUGCGACCAAGUUAAACUUUAAAGCUACAUAAUAAGAUUGGAUGUUCUAGAAAUCUAUUAAGAUACUCAAAACUCUUUUCUAAAAAAUAUAACAAUGCUUUAAUCAAAGUUUAAUCAAACAGUGAACUCAGUAUUACAAACUCUAACUUUGUGGAAAAUUUCUCAAAUUCUAGAGGCAGUAUUAUCCUUGGAGAUUUUUAGAAUACGGUCUCUUAUAUUCGAAACACAACUUUUAUUAGAAAUUAUGCCUAUGAAGGUGGAGUUUUCUAUACUUGGUUUGGAAGUAGCCUUUAAUUUUACAACUGUACUUUUUAUUAGAACUUUGCUUUUAGAGGAGGUAUUGGUAGUGUCCUUAAUUAAGAUCAGCCUUCUUCAUUUAUCAAUUCAAUGAUCCAAUCUAACGAUUUGGUCAGCUUUCAGGAAGCAAAAGAAAAAUUAAACUUAGAUUAAGCAUUCAUUACGUCAAUAGAGGAGAGAUAUCCAAAUAUUUACUAAUUGAGUUCAACUAAAAGUUAUUCAAAACUUUACAUUAGCAAUUCAACAAUUAAACAAUGCAAAAUUGAUUCCUAUCUCGGAAUAAUGUUUUUAGAUGCUAGUUACGCAUAAAUUGAUAGUUUGAGCUACUAUGAUAAUGAGUUGAAUUCCUAAAGAAUCAUUCAAAUAUUAAGAAGUGAUUUUUUUCAAAUCUCGAAAUCAUCUUUUGACCAAAUAGACACAAAAUUAAUUGAGGGAACAGCUUCAACAAUAAGUAUCGUUUUUACUAAUGUAACUGGAUUAAAAACUUUUAGAAUUGAUAAAAUUUAUUCUGACUUCAUAGCUAUUAAAGGUGAUAACUGCAUAGUUUCAAUAUAUUAAAGCUAAUUUUCAAAUCUCAAAUCAGAAAUUUUUGGUGGAGUCAUUUAAAUGCUAUAAGGAAGACUGGAGACCCGUCAAUCUAUAUUCUCAUUCAACACCGCCUAAAGUGCUUCAAUUUGUAAUUACACUAUCGCUAAUUCUACAUUUGUUUAAAAUGUUGCUACCUUGCAAGGUGGUGUACUUUAUUACAAUAAGUUUAGACCUCUUUCGCUUGAGACUAAUAUCUACAUAGAUAAUAUAGCUCCUUAUGGACCAUAAUUUGCUAGUUAUCCAUUUUCAGUCUAAAUAAAAGAAUAGUAUUUUUCCAGCGUAGCUAGUGGCUAAAUAAAUAGUGGAUAUAUUUUAGCAGAGAUAAUAGAUCCUGAUGGACAAGUUUUAAAAAAUGAUAAUGAAAAUGUUAUCUAAAUAACUGAAAUUGAGGGAGACUCAACCUCUGUAGUUGGAUUAAGAGAAUUGAAAGUUUAGAAUGGACAAUCAAAUUUCACAAAUUUAACAUUUAUAGCUACCCCUGGUUCUUAUCAUGUUCCAUUCAUGAUCUAUUCGCCAAAAUGUGAGCCUGGUUAUUUUUCUCUUUAAUAUAAUCAAGAGGAAUGCUUUGAAUGUCCUGACCACUCAGAUUGCCUUGGAGGAUAUCAAAUAAGUGUAAAUCCUGGACACUGGAGAUCUAAUUUCAACUCAACUAAGGUAUUAAAUUGUUUGAAUGAAAAAGCAUGCAAAGGUGGUUUAUAUAAACUUAAUGAUACAAAUUACAACGCCUUGUGCUCUUUCGGUUAUGGGGGAAAUCUUUGCGAUAAAUGCUAUCCUUAGAAUGGAACAAUCUAUUCGAGGUCUUUCUCAAAUGAUUGUGAACCAUGCCCAGAUCCAAUAAGAAAUACAAUAAUUAUUGUCUUGAUAAGUCUUGGUAUCCUACUCUAUCUUCUCUUGCUCAUAGUGAUGAAUAUUAAAGUAAAUAAUCAUCAUAAAGAAACUUCAGUUGUACUUAAAAUAAUGACAAACUUCCUUUAAGUACUUACCACGACUAGCUCACUGAGACUUGAAUGGCCACCAGCAAUGAUAAGUUUUUAUGAAAUUUUUUCAUAAGUAGGAUAAUCUACUGAAAACCUAUUGUCCAUAGAUUGUUUCCUGAAAGAGAGUAUUCCAGUGAAUUCUGCAAAUAGUUUGAUUUACUUCAAAACAUUAGUAGUAGGAUUUAUGCCGAUUCUAGCUUUUUUAUUCUACUUCGCCCUCAUGUUUAUUUAUAAAAAGAUUAGAUAAACAAAAAAGUAGUAAUUAAAAAGAUGGUUGAUCAUAUCAGGAAUUAUGGUGAUUUAUUUUUUACAUCCAACUAUAACUAAAUAUGCUGUUGGGAUUUUCUUUUGCAUUGAACUAGAAAAUGGAGAGUAUUGGUUAUCUUCUGAUUUAGAAGUCUUCCAUUGA